AUGAAUUUUGGUUACGGAUUGUCUUACACGAACUUCACCUUUGGAACUGUGAGCGUCAUAGUUACCAACACCUCAGCCUUUGAUUCUCGCUUCCCCACGGGCAAACUGAGUCUUGGUGGUCAUGAGGAUUUAUGGGAUGAAGUGGUUCAAGUUACUACCAGCACUCGCAACACAGGAUCAGUCAAUGGUGCACAGGUCAUCCAGUUGUACGUAGAUAUCCCUACAGAAGCGGCACAGCCAAAGCGUGUUCUUCGGGGCUUUGAGAAAGUUAGAGUCAGCGCUGGAAUGUCUGAGAAGGUCACAUUCAGCGUCCGCAGGAGAGAUCUCAGCUACUGGGAUACAGCGGCGCAAAAAUGGGCGAUAGCAAAUGGCCGAGAUUCAUUCUCGGUUGGUGCUAGUUCGAGGGAUAUCCAUGCUACGGUAGUCUUGGAUCUUUAG